AUGUCCGUGUCCACGUUGAAUAUGACGCCCUACUUCACCGGAUACCCGUUUCAAGGCCAGGGCCGCAUGAACCAGCUCGGUGGCGUGUUCAUCAACGGACGGCCGCUUCCCAACCACAUCAGACUGAAGAUCGUCGAAAUGGCCGCGGCCGGUGUACGCCCGUGUGUCAUAUCUCGGCAGCUCAGGGUUUCGCACGGAUGCGUGUCGAAAAUCCUCAACCGGUACCAAGAGACCGGAAGUAUACGGCCCGGCGUGAUUGGCGGUAGCAAGCCUAGGGUGGCCACGCCGGACGUGGAGAGACGCAUCGAGGAGUACAAGAAGGCCAACCCUGCCAUGUUCAGCUGGGAGAUCCGCGACAAGCUCGUAAAGCAGGACGGUAUUUGUGACAAAAACUCGGCCCCGUCUAUCAGUUCCAUCAGCCGACUACUGCGUGGCGGUAGAAGGGACGAGCUGAAAAACCAUUCAAUCGACGGUAUUUUGGGUCCUAGCAGCGCCGACGAUUCUGACACUGAAUCGGAACCUGGUUUCCACUUGAAACGCAAACAGCGCCGGAGCCGAACCACGUUUACUGGCGAGCAACUCGAAGACUUGGAGCGCGCAUUCCACAAGUCCCAGUAUCCAGAUGUGUACACCAGAGAAGAGCUGGCCCAAAAAACCAAACUCACCGAGGCCAGGGUGCAAGUGUGGUUCAGCAAUCGCCGGGCUCGUCUCCGCAAGCAAAUGGGCACUCACCAGCACAUGAACGCCGCUGCAGCGGCAGCGUUUAACCCGGCCGCGGCGGUCGUGAGCCUCUCGGCCGGCUCGUUCCAGUCCUCGUCCGGCAGCCAACACGGAGCUCACGGCCAGUAUGGUGGCCACGACCAUCACUCGACCACCGCUGCGUCAAACUUCAAUUCGCCCCAAGGGACUUCCCACGGCACGUGGCCCACCGCCGCCGCCGCCACUGGAUACUAUCCGGCGACUUCCUGCAACUACGGGCCAGGCGGCAGUGGCGUGAACGGCGGUACGUCCGCCGACGCCAUGUACCACCACCCGCACCACGCGCACCACCAGCACAACAACAAUAACAACAACAACGGUGGCGCUUCGUAUUCGCCUCAGGGAACUGCGGUCGACCAUCAUUCGUUGGGAUGGACAAAGCCCAACAAGGACGUGACAGCCGCCGCUACUUGGAGCCCGGACAAUUACUCGUUCUUUGCCGGCGGCAACACCAUAUACGGGUCUGGUUCCAAUUUGGCUCCGCACUCGGCAAGCGAAGCCAAGUCUGGCUAUCCAUACUUCGGUCAACUGUCCCAAAUGGACGCCAUGUGUGGCAGGGUGCAUUAA